CCUCAUGUCCAGCACGACGGUGUAAAUAAAGCUCGGUCAGAACGCGUGGAUGAUACUAGUGGAAGGAGCGUGCGAUUCAGUGAAGUAGCACCGACCUCCCCUAAAAGGAGCCUCUCCUAAACACACUCGACUGCUACUUAUUUUUAUAUUGUCUUUAUAAGCGUUUACGGGUAUAUUCCUGCGAAGCCCUGGAACCAUGGCAGAGAGCGACUGGGACACCGUCACUGUGUUGAGGAAGAAGGGGCCGACUGCUGCCCAGGCCAAAUCCAAGCAGGCUAUCACUGCUGCACAGAGACGUGGAGAAGACGUCGAGACAACCAAGAAAUGGUCUGCGGGGCAGAACAAGCAACAUGUGGUGACAAAAAAUACCGCCAAACUGGACCGAGAGACGGAGGAGCUUCAUCACGAGAGGGUUCCCCUGGAGGUCGGCAAGGUCAUCCAGCAAGGCAGACAGGAGAAAGGCCUCACCCAGAAAGACCUGGCCACUAAAAUUAAUGAGAAGCCUCAAAUCAUUGCUGACUACGAGUGUGGCCGAGCGAUUCCCAACAACCAGGUCAUGGGGAAAAUUGAGAGAGCGAUUGGGCUGAAACUGCGUGGGAAGGAUAUUGGCCAACCCCUGGAGGCCAAACCCAAGAAGAAAUGAACACAAAGCCUCGAAAUCAGCCCCCCCUCCCCCCUUUCCCCUCCUCCCGUCUGUUGCCUCUCCCGUCCCUCCCUCCCGCCCGGGCUGAUCUCUCCAGCGUCCUGUCCGAGGACCUGGUGCUCCUCUGCUUCAACGCAGGCUGCUUAACUAACAACUCAUCCGAAACACUCUGUUGACCACUUAAUGGAAUAAUCGAGUUCAUUGUUCAGUAUCACUUAACUCCAGGUUCUGUCGAUCGCCGCUCACCUGCGUCUGCUUGGGCUUUGGCAUGGAUAAAGUUUUAACUUCCUGGCAGUGAUGGUUCGUCAUUUAAAAGGGGAAAUCUUUUUCGUGAUCAAACAAAGUAGUACGGCUGACUUCAAUUCUGAGCAUGAUGUUAAACCAAAAGUGCUUGAUUGCAUCUUUUUUUUUUGUUCACUCUUUUCAGACAGUGAGUGGAUGUCAUUACAGUAUUGAAAUAUUUUAAUGCUGUGCUUUGUGUUGAUCUGACAAUAAAGUUUGACACUUCA